AAUGUCAUACGACCUCAUGCAAACUGCUUUGCUAUUCUAGAGCAGAAGAAUUUUUAUUAGGAAUGGCAUCGCGUGGAAUAACUAAAAUAUUUAUUGGAAACUUGCCGUGGACAGUUGGGCAUCGUGAAUUAGUGUCUUAUUUCAAGCAGUUUGGGAAGGUAUUAAAUGCUAAUGUAGUUUUUGAUAAAAGAAGUGGUCAUUCUAAAGGUUAUGGUUUUGUAACAUUUUUAAAUAAAAGUGCUUUAGACAAUUUAGAUAAUAAAACAGUUCACCUUCUUGAGGGUAAUAAUCUGAAUAUUCAAAAAACAGAAUAA